AUGGCUGGCCCGUUCAAUCCUUUUGGCGCUGCCGCAGGAACUGGUCAGAGGGGAGGACGAGGCGCACAGGGCUCCGUUAGCAGAGGAAGAGGAGGAAGCCCCGGGUUUGCUGCGACCCCAUUCCAAGGGAAUAAUGCACGGGGCGAUGGAAAAGAUCGUGGGCGCGGAAGAGGUCGAGGUCGAGGUCGUGGUCGUGGCGCCAGCGCUGCGAACAAUCACAAUGUAAAUGGCACAACCCAAGCAGGCAACACCAGUGCUACCGCCUCGCCUUUCACACAAUCAAAUCAGCAGAAUACUUCCGCAUCACCAUUUGGCGUGCAGCCCGUCCAGCAAUCUCCGUUCUCUGGCCUUCAAAAAGGCACCCCGGCUUCCAACUCUUCGAACAACCCAUUCGCGAAACCUGCGUCAAACAUGACCCGUCAAUCGUCCGCGUCUUCUGCUCGCAAUGGAUUUGAUAGACCCUCUGGAAAUAGCUCAGGUAGUUUCCAAGAUCGCUAUGACCAGUUGAAACUCGAUCGAGCCAAAGAGCGCCAGCGAGCGAUCAAAGAUGGCCAAAUGGCGGAUCCGAACCAGCCAACAUCAUUGAAACAGGCAAUCACCCCCGUGGGAACAUGUACAGAUAUGUGCCCCCAAUUCGAGCGUGUUGAACGAGUCGUGCAAAAAAUGAUGGAUAAGUGCGAGAAGCUAGAAAUUGGAGAAUCCAAGAUGCUGAAGCGAUUUCGACGCUCAGCUGCUGGCUAUGAUGAGCAAUUGCCCUCGGAUAUCCGGACGCCAGGGACUCUGUUGCAGAGUAUGAACUAUCUCAUUCGCUAUGUCCUCGGUGGCAGUGAGCCAUUAGCCAUCAUUCACAAGUUCGUCUGGGAUCGAACACGUUCAAUCCGCAAUGAUUUCUCCGUUCAGCAACUUACGCAAGAGGAGGAUGUGAAAACGGCAGUGAUGUGCUUGGAGAGGAUUGCACGCUUCCAUAUUGUGUCUCUCCAUCUCCUUUCGAAUCCAACCAAUGAAGAACAAUUCGAUCGCCAUCAGGAACGAGAGCAGCUCAACAACACUAUGCUUUCGCUGAUGUACUAUUAUGACGACAACCGUGGACGCAUUUUCUUUCCAAGGGAGGAUGAAUUUCGUGCCUAUUAUAUCUUGUUCUCGAUUCAUGACCAGCGACCUGACCUCGAAGCCCGUGUCCAGAAGUGGCCAGCGGAUCUACUUGCCUCUCCUCGAAUUCAAGUGGCCCUUGAUCUCUUCGCUGCUGCUGGAAACACCUGGGAAUAUCAAGGUGCGCUCGACGCUCGUCGGCCGAAUGCCAUCGCUCAGGGACUUCACACUCGCUUUUUCAACAUCAUCAAUUCUCCGAGCGUGUCGUAUCUGAUGGCUUGUGUGGCAGAGGUUUACUUCAACCAUAUUCGUCAGACAGCGAUUCGUGCAAUCUGGAAAGCGUACUGCCGGUCUCCGGUUUCGCAACAAGCUAAGAAUGAGGAAUGGACUGUAGAGGAAUUGACCAGGGUACUGCACUUUGACGAGCACGAGCAAACGAUCCAAUUCUGCGAAGAACAAGAUUUGCAAUUUGCUCAGAGUGCUGAUGGUGCACUGUAUCUGAAUUGGGGUUCUCGCCCGGUUGACUCAAUCGGCUUCUCACCUUCAUCCGACCAUUCGUACUCUGAAACAUACGUGGAGUCGAAGCGUGCAGGCCGCUCUCUGGUUGCCGUCGUUCUUGGAAUGACCAUCCCAGAAGCGGCAAGAAUGGGGAUGCUUGAUCGAUCUUCUUUGGCUCAGCGGAUGGAUGGAACGGCUGACAUGUCAGACGACAGCAGAGGUCUUUUCGUGAGUGAUGACGAGAAUCAGACCCCAGCGCCAGUGAUUGAGCCCAACGGGAUGUUUGAUAACACGUCCGCAUCUGAUCUACGAACUGCUUCUGAGGGUGUGCAGUUCCCUUCUGUCACCCCGUCUGCUUCUUCUCAAUCGCCGUUCACAGCUGCUCCCCAGUUGCCGAAUCCCUUUUCACAGGCUUCUACGUCUGCUGCCCCUUCUCCAUUAUCCUUCUCGAAGCCGGUUGAACCAGCUCAGAACAUUGAUCCUUCUGCUGUGACUACUGCUUCUCCUUUCUCUUUCCCCAAGCCCGCUGAAACUGCCCAGAAGGCGGAGGCACCUGCCGCCCCAUCUCCAUUUGCUUCCUCAUCAUCUCCAUUCUCUUUUACGAAGCCAGCUGAGAAAACGGAUGCGCCUGCUAAGCCAUCCGCCUUUGCCCCUGUGUCGUCUUCCAUAUUCCCACCCCCAAGACAGGCAGACGUCAACCAGAAUUUUGAUACCUCUGCCGCAACUACCUCCAAGACAUCCUUACUCUUCAAUACUAGCAGUCCAUCGGAAACUUCUGCGCCGAAAAACCCUUUCGAAUCUUUGACUUCCGACACACCCCAACCAUCUUCCAAGCCGAACCCUUUUGCUGCAUCUUUGUCUGCGUUCAAGCCUUCUAGUAGCCCCUCCGAGUCUUCUUCGCCGAAAAAUCCAUUCGCGUCUCUGGGCUUCGACACAUCUCAGCCAUCAUCAACCACAAAUCCUUUCGCGGCAUCUCUAUCUGCGUUCAAGCCCUCAGAUGCAGCCCAGGUCUCCGAGACGCCCGCGGUGACUGCUGCUGCACCUUCUUCGAUAUUCAAACCCAGCACUUCGCCGCCGGUGUCAUUGACUGCAGACUUCUCAUUUGCAAAAUCUUCAAACUCAGUGCCGUCCUCCACCGCCGCUCCUACCGCUGCAUCUCCGUUCACAUUCCCAACUGCACCGGAAUCGAGUCAAAAGGCGGCCAUACCCGUGGAAACAUCAACUUGUGCCCCAGCUUCAAUAUUUGCCCCACGCGGCACUUCUGAGGAGUCAUCAACUGCUUUUAACAACCCUUUCGCCUCUUUGGCCCCCAAGGCUCCUGCUUUCUCCUUUUCACAGCAAUCAAAAAUCGACGACAAGGCUAAGGAAUCAAGCACGGCGUCAACCACUGCGAAGCCUGUCUUCGGGGUUUCAAAUGGUAGUACGAAUGCCGCGCCACAAUUGUCGACUGGGGUGGAGCCUUCAUUCGCAACCUCAGCACCACAGCCAAAUGGGAAUGUUGAAGCUUCUGCGGCUCAAUCAUCUACGCCACCCACAUCUCCUCCUUCUGUACCCGAAAAUCUCCCCUCAACUUCGCCCAAGCAGAAUGAUAGCCAACCAGCGAAAAAGCGCUCUCUUGCGUGGGAACAAUGUCCUACCCCCGAGCAAGUCCUGUCUUCUCUAUUCAACUACACAGGCACCCUCGCUUCGGGCCCUCAAGCCAGAAAUUCGUCUACUAGCCAGUCGCCUUCUUCAAAAUCCGAGCAAACAUCCAAGCUCUUCGAUGCCAAGUCGUCUACGUACAGCCCUUUGAGUACUACGACCGAGUCAUCGAAGCCUUUGUUCCAAGGUUCGAUUGCAUCAGGAUCUUCGGUACAGCAACCCUCGCUGAAGCGGCCUCAUGAGAAUGAUGACUCUAUCAAGUCUCGCAGGCGCUCUUCUCUGAAACGCCAGUCUAUGGGUGCAUCUUCAGAUGGCCUUUUCAAACGAUCCGUGCAUUUCGAAGCGCCUUCUUCUCAGCAACUCCAGGACAUGCGAAUGAGUCUUUCGGAGCUAUCUCAAUCCGGUGCACAAGAGCCAACGGCCAAUAUGUCCUCGAGGCGUUCGCGCGGCCAGAUGACAAGCGUGCAAAAGAAGAGAUCGCUGGAUGAUUCAACCACGACUAAUUUGGUCAAUGGCCCAGAUACCAAGUUGACCAAGGGUUCGGACCCUCCCGCCUCACAGGAGCCUCUCUACCCCAGAUUCUCCUUAUCCAAGGUUUUGAGCGAACCCAUGCCAAAGCUUCCAAUCCUGGAGCGACUUGAAAGAAAACUCGCAGAGACAAAGGCAUUGGUUGAGCCCAGAAAACUCACUGACGAAGAACAAAAAUGGCUUGAUGAGCAAAAGCGGAUUCGAGAGCGCCAGGUCCAGGAAGACGAAAUUAUGCUAUCACGUGCACGGAUUUUGGCUCACGAGCUGAAGAACGGACCAGGAAUCUUUGAUAUUCCAAAGGACCUCCCAUACUCUCCCUCGGUGGAUCCCCCAGUCAACUAUCGUCGAUCUGCUUUAUUCGAAAAGCCUUCUACUCACCAAUACCUAUUCAACCAUGCCCCGGAGUCCUCUUUCCGCGCAUCGUUGACCCCUGAUCGCUCCGCACAUCCCACGCAUCCCCGCGUCAAUGCCAGAUUCCGACGCACCGCUCCCCACGGAUCGAAUCCUGUCUCACUAGGACUUGAACGCUACAGACGUGAGAGGGACGAGAGGAAUCAGGCCGAAAGAAGGAGAAAGGAUACCGAGAAGUACAAGGCCAGAGAGGAGAAGAAGCCGAAGAAAGAGAAACCCGUGGUUUCUGUCGAGGAUAAUGACGAUGUGGUGUGUUUGGACUGA